UCACCAUUUAUUAAAAUGGAGAGAUCCCCUGCCCCAAAUUUUUGGGGAAUGAAUGAUCCACCCACUAACAUCCCUGAAGGCUUCCUUUUCAUGGAGCAUGAUGUAUCAGACCAUCACUGUGAUCCACGCAUUCUACAUGCUCAAGCCAUUAAAGCCUCUAAAACUGACACUUUUUUGUGCAAUAACCUCAUCGCUCUCUACUCCAAAUCCAAUUUCUCAUCUUACCCCCUUCGUCUCUUCCACCAAAUCCCUCGUCCCAACAUUGUCUCAUGGACCUCUCUUAUCGCUGCUUCCUCCAACACCCUCCUCGCUCUCCACCAUUUUGUUUCCAUGCUUCGCCAUCCUACUCUUCCUAAUCAACGCACUUUGGCUUCCCUUUUCAAAACCUGUGCUUCAUUGUCUUGCCUGCCCUUUGGCCUUACUCUCCAUUGUCUCUCCAUCAAGCUCUGUUUAUCUGAAGAACCCUUUGCUGGCUCUGCUCUCAUCAAUUUCUACUCGAAAUGCCGCUUGCCCCAUGAAGCACGCAAGGUGUUUGAUGAAGUUCCGCAGAAAGACAAUUUUUGCUAUUCUGCUGUAAUCGUGGGUCUUGCUCAAAAUUCACGAUGUCUAGAUUCACUGUCGGUAUUUGCUGGCAUGAGAUCUUCUGAUGUUGCUUCAAGCAUGUACAGCAUUUCCGGUGCUCUUCGUGCGGCUGCAGAGUUGGCAGCAUUGGAGCAGUGCAAGAUAAUACAUGCACAUUCGGUUGUCACAGCAUUUGAUUUAUCUGUGGUAGUUGGCAGUGCCCUUAUUGACGGCUAUAGUAAAGCUGGUUUUGUUCAAGAUGCCCGACAGAUUUUUGACGAUAAUCUGCCUGGUAUGAAUAUUGUGUGCUGGAAUGCGUUGAUGGCAGGUUACGCACAACAAGGAGAUCAUGGUUCAACCUUUGAGCUUUUAAAUUUAAUGGAAGCUCGAGGGCUUGUUCCAGAUGAAUAUAGUUUUCUUGCAAUCCUGACAUCACUUUUUAAUGCCAGAAUGUAUCUUGAGACUGAGGACUGGCUGAAAAGGAUGAAAGAAGAAUAUGGUUUGGAACCGACAUUGGAGCAUUAUACAUGUUUGGUGGGUGCAAUGGGCCGUGCUGGACAAUUGGAGCAGGCAGAGAGAACAGCACUGACAAUGCCAUUUAAACCAGAUGCUGCUGUGUGGCGAGCUUUGCUAUCGGCCUGUGCUAUUCACGGUGCAGCUGACAAAGCGCGGUCUAUGGCAACGCGGUUAUUGGAGAUUGAACCACACGAUGACACAGCUUAUGUUAUUUUAGCUAAUGUGUUAUCAGCUGCAGGAAGGUGGGAUGAUGUUGCAGAAGUGAGAUGGCGGAUGAAAGAUGGUAAGGUGAAGAAAAGAGGAGGGAGGAGCUGGAUUGAAGUCCAAGGAAGAGUUCAUGUGUUCGAGGCUGCAGAAUGGAAGCAUGAGAGAUCUGUGGAAAUCUAUGGUAAGUUGGAAGAGCUUAUGGGAGAGAUCACGAAAUUAGGAUAUGUGCCAGUUUGGGAUGAAAUGUUGCAUAACGUUGGAGAAGAAAAUAAGAAGAAAGGCCUUUGGGGUCACAGUGAGAAGUUGGCUGUUGCAUUCGGAGUGUUGAGUGGAAGUGCACCACCAGGGAAGGCAUUGAGGAUUGUGAAGAAUUUGAGGAUUUGCAAGGAUUGCCAUGAGGCCUUUAAGUAUAUGACCAGAGUGUUAGAAAGGGACAUAAUUGUGAGGGAUGUGAACAGAUACCAUAGAUUUUUCAAUGGUAAGUGUACUUGUGGUGACAUAUGGUAGCAUGCAUUAAUGAUGGCAAACAGGUUUUUUGGGGUAAAUAAAGCUCGACAAGGAAGCUGAGUUUUUAGGCUAUGCCUCCUCUUGUUAAAUAAAUGUUGUUUUUUUUCCUUUUAAAUAAAUAUAGUUGAAGAAAUGUGAGACAUUGUUGGUGAUAUGGUCGAAGAGACAGAUCAAAGUCAGCGGAUGUGGAUGAUAGCCUAAUAGGAAAGGUCAGUAUACAUUGGCAUAUGGAUAUGUGGAUGCCAUUCAGGAUCACUUCCAUUUGUAUUCAAAUUGAGCCAUAAUAUUUAUCCUAUUUGAGAAAUAAAUUA